UCUUUACGUACUAUGUGUACGGAAGUGGAACUACUACCACCAGCAAGCGUAACGUUGAUCUUACACCAGCUCAUUUGAAAUUAGGCGCUAUUGUUCCCAGGUAGUCACGCGUUCGGGUCCAUCGGUAUGACUCCAUAACGAUUUAUGAAGCAGCGGAAAAGUUGAUCCGCUGCUGACAAAGAGACAAAGUUUUAGCAACAAAGAGGAAGUAAAAAAUGAGUUCCCAGGAUGUUCUGAGGAGUGCAUCAACCCUCGCGUCGUAUAAUGUGCUGUUACAGGUGAUGUUCCGCGUCCUCACCUUCUUGCUGAAUGCGUUCACGCUGCGGUUCGUCUCCAGAGAGCUGAUCGGUGUUGUAAAUGUCAGACUCACGCUACUAUACUCCACUUUAGUAUUUUUAUCCAGAGAAGCUUUCCGCAGGGCCUGUUUGAGUGGAGUAUCUGGGACCGACCACAGCUGGAGACAAGUUAUCAACCUGCUGUGGUUGACGUUGCCUCUGGGUGUGUUAUGGGCAGCCCUGCUGGUCGCUGUGUGGCUCUGGCUCCUGGAGGUCCCGGAUCCCCAGACUGUGCCUCACUACGGUCCGGCUGUGGUGAUGUUUGCUUUGUCGGGAGUGCAGGAGCUCCUGGCUGAGCCCCUCUGGGUCCUGGCUCAAGCGCACAUGUUUGUCCGCCUCAAGGUGGUCGCAGAGAGCUUGGCAAUGAUCGCUAAGUGCAGCAUAACCGUGGUGUUGGUGGUGUUUGCGCGUGAAUGGGGCCUGUACAUCUUCUCUGCCGCUCAUUUGGUGUACACAGGAUUCCUGGUGCUGUGCUACGCUGUGUAUUUCAUUCGUUUCCUGGGUUCUGAAGUGGCGGCUAAGAAGGACUUUCCCCUGCAGCGUGUUGGAGAUCUGUUGCCCUGCAGAGCUGCUGGAGAGCCGCUAGUGGAUUGGACUCUGGCCAAGCUCACAUGGAGCUUCUUCAAGCAGUCCUUCCUGAAGCAGAUCCUGACGGAGGGGGAGCGGUACGUCAUGACCUUCUUGAACGUCCUCAGCUUUGGAGACCAGGGAGUUUAUGAUAUUGUCAAUAAUCUGGGCUCCAUGGUGGCUCGCUUCGUCUUCCUGCCUAUUGAGGAAAGCUUCUACGUCUUCUUUGCCAAAGUGCUGGAGCGAGGACGUGAUGUAAAAAGUCAGAAACAGGAGGACAUUGCCCUUGCAGCGGAGGUCCUGGAGUGUCUGCUGAAGCUGGUGCUGGUGGUUGGUCUGAUCAUCUCUGUGUUUGGCUACGCCUACUCUCACUUGGCUCUGGAUAUCUAUGGCGGCUCUUUGCUCAGCAGUGGGGCAGGGCCCACUUUGCUGCGAUGCUACAGCUGCUAUGUUCUCCUACUCGCUGUCAACGGGGUAACAGAGUGCUUUGUGUUUGCCGCCAUGAGCCAACAAGAGGUUGACAAGUAUAACUUUGUGAUGUUAGCCCUGUCGGUGUCUUUCCUGUUGCUGUCCUACGUGCUGACGUGGUGGGCUGGCAGUGUGGGCUUCAUAUUGGCAAACUGCCUGAACAUGGGCCUGCGCAUCUCGCACAGCGUGCUUUACAUACGCCGCUGCUUUGGUUCCACUCAAUGGAAACCUCUGCGAGGCCUGUUGCCCUCGCCGCUCCUGAUACUGGCCCUCGCUGUCAGCGCCGUUGUCACAUCGCUAUCUGAGGUUGUACUCUGCUGUGACGGCGGCUGGUUACUCAGGCUGGUCCACAUCGGCGUGGGAGCAUUGUGUCUGCUCGCUGUGUGCGUGGCCGUCCUUGUCACAGAGACUCGACUCAUUCAGUUCGUGAGGACUCAGCUUCUGCCCAAAUACAGACAGAAACACACUUAAAUUGAACUGGAAAUUGGGGAACUGGUUUGGAAGAAAGUUCAUGUUUCGCCACAAAACGGGGCUGACAGUUACUGACAGCGUGAAAGCAACGAGGGAACGACGAAGUUUACCUCAUAUGUGUGAAUGUGUGGCUGUAUGACGCUGAUGUUUUUUCCCUACAUCAUUCCUGUGUUGGCUCAUACAAGCAAACUCAAGCACGUCCUGACAGUUUUGGAUGUAUUGUGAUUGUGGCUGAUAAAGAGUUAAAUGUAUUGAAUUUUUGGCUUAAAUUGAUGCAAAUAUAAACAGAUCUGCGGUGUUUGUUCAAAACAAACCAAACUCUCAUUUUAAGGUUUGCUUUCACCUUUUCUGGAGAUUCCAGCUAUUUUUAUUAAUUAUCUCGUAAAAUGUUUGUUUUUGACAAGGUGGUGAAGCGGUAAGGAAUUUUGUUUCACGCACCACAAACAAAGCUUAAUAGUACAUCACCAUUUGAAGUUCAUUAAUCAUAAUUCUUAUGUUAAACAAGUUUACUAUUACUACAACAUUACUAUUAAUAUAUAGCAUGUGAGAGGCUGCACACUUCUUGGGUUUACAAACAUGUUGCAAUCAGAUUUAUUUUUUAUCAUCGUAAACAUUUGGGGAGCUAAAUGGGCUUGAGUUCAGCGACAUGUUUGUUUGUCCUUCCUCUCGGCUUACAGAAUGUAAGGUCUCUGGGGCAGAAUAAUGAUGUCAUUAUGGAAAAUGAGCAGAAAGGGGUGGAACCAGCAUUCUUUUAAAGGAUGGAAAUGUUUUAUUCUCCUCCCUGCUCCCUUUUCUUUAUUGCUCUGAACAUGUUUUGUAUUUCUUCACAGGCUAAGCACGGUAGGAUGUUUGUGGAACUUUUAAAACACCCAGCUAUUUAUAUUUUGAGUUACACCUUUUGAACUUCGAGUCCCAUUUGCUUGUCUUGCUUAUCACCUGGUAGAGGAUACACACACAUAUAGAUUAGUUAACGUUAAGGAUCUCUGGGAUUUAUUUGGGAAAAUGUAGUGCCACAACUUGUAGCACUAACAUCCUCAUGAAGCAGCUGGCAGGACAGCCGACCAUUAAAUAAACAGACCGAAAGGAGGAGGAGCUUA